AUGGAUGCUCACGAUCUGUUUCGCCGGCUCGGCGCGGGUGCCAAAUUCGACUUGAGACGCUUCUCGGCGGACGCAGCUCGAUUCCAGAUAGGAAAAAGGAAAUAUGACUUUGAUUCCUCGGAGGUGCUACAGGGACUGGACUUUUUUGGAAACAAAAAGUCUGUCCCAGGUGAUUGUGGAACAUUAAGAACUCAUCAGGAGCUACAAGAUGAAGAGAAAAAAGAAGAGAGCCAAAUUGAAAGCAAGAGGGAGCAGAACAGGAAAAAGAAGAAGAAGAUGACUUCAGAAAUUACUUCUCAAGAAGAAGUUUCUACUAUAGAGUGGAUAUCAUCUGUGGAAGCAAAGAUUGAAGAUAAAAACGUUAAAAGAGAAAAUAAACUAACCUCAGGAAAGUUAGAGCAGCUAAGAAAAGAAAAGCUCAACUUCUUCCGGAAUAAACAUAAAAUUUAUGUCCAAGGAACUGAUCUUCCUGACCCAAUUGCUACAUUUCAGCAACUUGACCAGGAAUAUAAAAUCAAUUCUCGACUGCUUCAGAACAUUCUAGAUGCAGGCUUCCAGAUCCCUACACCAAUCCAAAUGCAAGCCAUUCCAGUUAUGCUGCAUGGUCGAGAACUGCUGGCUUCUGCUCCUACUGGAUCUGGAAAGACUUUGGCUUUUAGCGUUCCUGUUUUAAUGCACCUGAAACAACCCACAAAUAAAGGCUUCAGAGCCCUGGUUGUAUCACCAACACGAGAACUUGCCAGCCAGAUUCACCGAGAGUUAGUAAAACUAUCUGAGGGAACAGGAUUCAGGAUACACAUGAUCCACAAAGCAGCAGUUGCAGCCAAGAAAUUUGGACCUAAAUCAUCUAAGAAAUUUGAUAUUCUUGUGACUACUCCAAAUCGAUUAAUCUAUUUAUUAAAACAAGAUCCUCCAGGAAUAGACUUAACAAGUGUUGAAUGGCUGGUAGUAGAUGAAUCAGAUAAACUGUUUGAAGAUGGCAAAACUGGAUUCAGAGACCAGCUGGCUUCCAUUUUCUUGGCCUGUACCUCCCACAAGGUGAAGAGAGCUAUGUUCAGUGCAACUUUUGCCUAUGAUGUUGAACAGUGGUGCAAACUGAACUUGGACAACGUCAUUACUGUAUCCAUUGGAGCAAGGAAUUCUGCAGUAGAGACGGUAGAACAAGAGCUUCUCUUUGUUGGUUCAGAGACUGGAAAACUACUGGCCAUGAGAGAACUUGUUAAAAAGGGUUUCAAUCCACCUGUUCUUGUUUUUGUUCAGUCCAUUGAAAGGGCUAAAGAACUUUUUCAUGAGCUCAUAUAUGAAGGUAUUAACGUGGAUGUUAUUCAUGCAGACAGAACACAGCAACAGAGAGAUAACACAGUCCACAGCUUCAGAGCAGGAAAAAUCUGGGUUCUUAUUUGUACAGCCUUGCUGGCCAGAGGGAUCGAUUUUAAAGGUGUGAACUUGGUUAUCAACUAUGACUUUCCAACCAGCUCAGUGGAAUAUAUUCACAGGAUAGGUCGAACUGGGAGAGCUGGGCGUAAAGGAAAAGCUGUUACAUUUUUCACUGAAGAUGAUAAACCAUUAUUAAGAAGUGUUGCCAGUGUUAUCCAGCAAGCUGGAUGCCCUGUCCCAGAAUACAUAAAAGGUUUCCAGAAACUACUAAGUAAACAAAAGAAAAAGAUGAUUAAGAAGCCCUUGGAAAGGGAGAGCAUUAGUACAACUCCAAAAUAUUUUUUAGAAAAAGCUAAGGAUAAACGGAAAAAGGUCACUGGUCAGAACAGCAAGAAGAAAGAAGCUCCUGAGGACAAAAGUUAA